AACACCGACGCCUGUGCUUCGUAGUUCAUCUUUGAUCUCGUUCCUUAUCUUACCUUUUCUCAACCUGCAGCUUAUCUUCGGCCGUCAUAGCAACAUCGCAAUGGCUAGCACUCAAGUUCCAGAAGUUCUCUGGGCCCAGCGCUCCUCCGAAACUGAACCUGCUAAGAACAUCAUCUAUCUCUCGCUUGCCGUUCCCGAUGUGCCUGAAUCUUCAGCCAAGCUCGACGUCACUCCCACGACUGUAUCCUUUAGCGGACAUUCGUCGACAAAGAACAUAGAUUACAAGGUCGAUUUGGAAUUGUAUGCCGAGAUUGACGUCGCAAACUCAAAGCGGCAUCAUUCAGCUCGUGGAGUCGAUUUGGUGCUUCGAAAGAAGGAGGUGAAGCAAGAAUUCUGGCCACGCCUGCUAAAAGAAAGCAAGAAAGUGCACUUCGUUAAAACCGAUUUCGACAAGUGGGUCGAUGAAGACGAGCAAGAGGAAGCCAAGGAAGACGACUUUUCAAAUAUGACAGGCGGGCUCGGUGGCAUCGACUUCUCCAAACUGGGCGGCGGCGACCUCUCUGAGCUAGAAGGAGAUGUUGCCGAAGAGGCGCAAUCCGAUGACGACGACGAGAUGCCUGCAUUGGAAGACGACGCUCCAGAAUCCUCCAAACCAAAGAUUGAGGAGGUAUCCUAAGUCAUUUAUUCCUUGCGACGCUGUGUUCGAAAGUGAGAUCAAAACGGCCGAACCUUUUUGCUACAAUCCGUUCUGUUCCGCAUGGCGGCAUAAAGCGGUAGAGGAUAUAAAACGAAGGCAUGACUCAACGACAACGGCUAUUGUUGAUUUGACAUACAUUACGCCUAUGGUGCUUAGUCCGAACGCAGCAGAUGGCCCUCCAAAGUCCUUUCCAUGGGAACAAUCAAAACACUUCCAUGCGAUAAGAAAUUUUACUUCUAAUAUGUCUCUUUGUGUUUGUGGUGAUAGCAGGGCGUCUUAAAGAAAAUAUGUGCUUUAUCUUCUUGCAUCAAUCAACCAUUUUCCCAAGCC